AUCUUUUUUUAUCUCAUUUUAUAAAAUUAGGUAACAAUAUCCUGUCUGAGAAAAUGGUCACCGUGGUCAAAGUAGUAUCUAGAAAAAGCGCGAGUUGAGGAACUUCAUUCACUUCAAACUCAGAUUCGUUUUCAAUCUCUUCGCUCAGAAUCCUGAAUCCUGUUACGGUUACCGAAUAAAUUGAAUUUUAUAUUUUCCGGUGACGAAAUCUAAUGUUAGAAACCGAACGGGUUUAGUUUGUGGCUAGUAAUAUUUGGCAGAGCAUGUGCCAUAGCUAUUGUUCGUUAGGCAGGACCUGGCCGCGCAAGGCGAGCUCCACGAAAUUGGCUCGCAGGGCCUUAGUUGCCGAGUGAGAGUGAAGGGCGCUGAGUGAAAAUGAAAAUUUGGUUUUCCGCUGAGCAUCAAGGGCUUGAGCCGCUGGGUGCGAGCUAGAAAUGAUAGUGGCGAGCAGCAAUGAGACUGCAAAGAUCUGAGAUAUUAGAAUAGGUGAAAAGGACUUUAAUUAUGGGAAAUGCAGAGUCAAAUACUAGCCACCGUUCCUCUGAUGGAAGUUCAGCAAAUACUAGCCACCAAUAUCAUCAACCCCCUUCCUUCGAUGGAAGUUCAGCAAAUGCUAGCCAUCAAUAUCAUCACCCCCCUUCUUUCGAUGGAAGUUCAGCAAAUGCUAGCCAUCAAUAUCAUCACCACCCUUCCUAUGAUGAAAGUUCAGUGAAUACUAGCUAUCAAUAUCAUCAACCGGUUCAACCCUCUUCUUAUGCUGGGAGUUUGGUGAAUACCAAACAUCAGCAUAAGCAGCAAUCCACAUAUAUAGCUGACAAUUUCAGUUCAUUGGAUCAGGUUGUUUCCGCUUUGAGAGAAGCUGGUUUGGAGUCUUCGAAUCUUAUAAUUGGUAUUGACUUCACCAAAAGCAAUGAGUGGACAGGAAAAUAUUCUUUCAACCACAAAAGCCUUCAUCAUAUUGGAAACACUCCUAAUCCAUAUGAGCAAGCGAUCUCUAUUAUUGGCCGUACUCUCUCUUCGUUUGAUGAAGACAAUCUGAUCCCAUGUUUUGGAUUUGGUGAUGCAUAUACACAUGAUCAGAAUGUGUUCAGCUUCUAUCCUGAUGAUCGCUAUUGUCAUGGUUUUGAGGAAGUACUUGCACGCUACCGAGAGAUUGUGCCACACUUAAAAUUGGCAGGUCCAACAUCAUUUGCCCCUGUAAUCGAUGCAGCAGUUGAUAUUGUGGAAAGAAGCAAUGGUCAAUACCAUGUUCUUGUCAUUAUUGCUGAUGGACAGGUUACUAGAAAUUCAGGCACACCACAUGGAAAGUUUAGUCCACAAGAACAAGCAACUAUUAAUUCCAUUGUUGCUGCAAGUCACCAUCCCCUCUCAAUUAUUUUGGUUGGAGUUGGAGAUGGUCCAUGGGAUGAAAUGCAGCACUUCGAUGAUAGCAUUACUCAGCGCUUAUUUGACAACUUUCAGUUUGUGAAUUUCACAAAGAUCAUGUCUGAGAACAGAGAUGCAUCAAAGAAGGAAGCAGCAUUUGCACUUGCUGCCCUUAUGGAAAUUCCAAUUCAAUACCGGAUAACCCAAAACCUACCACUUGCAAAUGAAAAGUCAAUUAGCUAUCAACGUAAAAGGCCUUUUCCUCCGCCUAAAGAAGUAAUAGAUCGUGACAAUGCAGUUCUAGCAGUUCCAAAAUUUGAAUCAGUUGAGCCAUCAGCUCCAGCUACGGUAGAAUCAGCAUGCCCUAUUUGCUUAACCAAUCCGAAGGACAUGGCUUUUGGAUGCGGUCAUACAACUUGCAAGGAGUGUGGCGUGACAUUAUCUUCAUGCCCUAUGUGCCGGCAACCAAUUACAACUCGCCUGAGACUAUUCACUUGAAUUGGGCAUUUCUUAACACAUCAAAUCAUUCAUGUUUUAUAUUUCCGCUAUUACCUGUAUAAGAAAUCUAAUGAACCUGUAAAAUCUCCUCCAUAAGAUGUACAGAGAGAUUCGUAUGUACAGUGUAUUUGUGUUUGUGUUCAAACGAAAAUGUUUAUGGUCAUUGAAUUCGGAAGUGCUUGAAUAUCUACCCCACAAAUUUCAGACUUCCGUCUUAAAUGGGGUCAUUUCUUAUGGUUUUCAUUAUUUUUCAAA